CGCUGCUGACGGAGAGUGCUCUGCAGGGGAAGGGGUGGGGGCCUGGCUGCUUCUCCACACCCUUGCCCCCCCACCGCGGCUUCCGGCUCAGCCUCCGGCGCUCGGCCGGAAUCUCGGCUCCCUCGUCUCGUCCACUGUAACAUGCAGCGGUGAGAGGCUCCACUCAGCCAUGGACACCAUCACCGAGGAACUGCUGGAGGGCAAGGAAGGCGACGAGGGAGAGCCCAGUUUUGUCCCAAGAGAGCGGUCGUAUACCUCGGGGUCUCUGUCAGAUCUAGGGAAAAAGCGUAAGCAAGAGACGGCGAUCGAUGAGGAUGUGGAUGAAAUGAGUCCAGAGACGGAGAAGGAGCCGAGUAAUAAAAGGGUAAAGCCAGUGUCAAGAUUGAAACGAUUCAGUCAGUCCUUCCAGCGCCUGAGUUUUCGCACGGACCCACGGUCCCCGCUGUCCCUCUCGUCUCGGCACGGGUCCAGGGGCUUGCCUGUCUCCAAUGCAUCCCGGGACAACAGGCUGUGGAGUGAGACCUUCGACUGUGGCGGUGACGGGCUCACUGCCAGCGAGGUCAAACGGCAGGAGGCAAUCUUUGAACUGAUGCAGGGGGAGCAAUCACUCAUCGCUGACCUCAACACCACCAAGAAGGCUUACUAUGAGCCGAUGCUCAAAUUGAACAUCAUGUCCGAAGAGGAGCUGGCCCAGAUCUUCGGUAGCCUCUACUCACUUAUCCCCUUACAUGAAGACCUUCUCAGUCGCCUGGAAGAGGUGAGGAACACGGAUGGCACGGUGAGAGAGGUGGGCCGCACUCUCCUCGACUGGCUGCCCUCGCUGGCUGCCUAUGAGACGUACUGCUGUAACCAGGUGGAGGCGAAGGCGGUGCUGGACGCCAAGCGGCGGGAACAGCGGGUGGACGAGUUCCUGCAGCUCUGCCAGCAGUCGGCCUUCAGCCGCAAGCUCGAUCUGUGGAGCUUCCUGGACCUGCCCCGGAGCCGCCUGGUUAAGUACCCACUGCUGCUGCGGGAGAUCGGUCGGCACACCCCAGCCGAGCACCCCGACCAUGCUCUACUCCACCAGGCUAUGGAGCUGAGCCAGAGGGUCGCUGCGCAAAUUGAUGAGCGGACAGGCGAGUCAGAGUGUCGCUUCUACUGGCAGCGGCUGCGGUACCUGUCCGACACUCAGCCCGAGGCCGAGGUGCAGCGAUCCCGCCGCCUCUGGUGUCACGGAGAGCUGAGGAACAACAAGGGUGCUAAGCUACGGGUGUUCCUGUUUGAGAGAGCGCUGGUGGUGACGAGGCCGGUGACCCAGGCACAGGGGCUCUGCUACCAGGUUUACCGAACGCCUAUCCCCGUCGGGCAGCUGGUGCUCGAGGACCUUCCGGACGGCGAAACACGGAUCGGUGGCUCUAUCCGGGGGGCCUUCGGCAGCACCACUGAGAGAGCUAGGAACGUUUUUCGGGUGAGUUUCCGGGACCGCUCCCGUGGGCAAGCCCACACCCUCCAGGCCAGCGACAGCUUCAACAAGCAGCAGUGGGUGUCCUGUAUCCGUCAGGCCAUCAUCAACUGCCGGGACAGCCCGCAGGACCAGGGAGAGCAGCUCCAGCUGCAACAGAUCGCCGCCCUCACCAUCGACAGCGAGGAGCCCGCACAGCUGACGGACACGGGCAGGCAGCAGGCUGUAUGACACUGCUGGUUACACCGGACAGACUGAGCUGCCUCGCUCACACAACGGUUUCAAAAAAUUUAGUGUUUACUUCGCUGCACUUUGUGUUCAGAAUUAAAUGUGAAAGAUUGUGCCUUACACACUGUCCCAGGUUCAACUCAACUCCCUAUGCACAACCCCAUCACACACUCCCGGGGUCAGACACAGAGUGAAUCCCCCUCCACACAGUCCCAUCACACACUCCCGGGGUCAGAUACAGAGUGAAUCUCCCUCCACACCGUCCCAUCACACACUCCUGGGGUCAGGCAGAGUGAAGCUCCCUCCACACCGUCCCAUCACACACUCCCGGGGUUAGGCAGAGUGAAUCUCCCUCCACACCGUCCCAUCACACACUCCCGGGGUCAGACACAGAGUGAAUCUCCCUCCACACCGUCCCAUCACACACUCCCGGGGUCAGACACAGAGUGAAUCUCCCUCCACACCGUCCCAUCACACACUCCCGGGGUCAGACACAGAGUGAAUCUCCCUCCACACCGUCCCAUCACACACUCCCGGGGUCAGACACAGAGUGAAUCUCCCUCCACACCGUCCCAACACACACUCCCGGGGUCAGACACAGAGUGAAUCUCCCUCCACACCGUCCCAUCACACACUCCCGGGGUCAGACACGGAGUGAAUCUCCCUCCACACCGUCCCAACACACACUCCCGGGGUCAGACACAGAGUGAAUCUCCCUCCACACCGUCCCAUCACACACUCCCAGGGUCAGACACUGAGUGAAUCUCCCUCCACACCGUCCCAUCACACACUCCCAGGGUCAGACACAGAGUGAAUCUCCCUCCACACCGUCCCAUCACACACUCCCGGGGUCAGACACAGAGUGAAUCUCCCUCCACACCGUCCCAUCACACACUCCCGGGGUCAGACACGGAGUGAAUCUCCCUCCACACCGUCCCAUCACAGACUCCCAGGGUCAGACACAGAGUGAAUCUCCCUCCACACCAUUGCAUCACACACUCCCGGGGUCAGGCAGAGUGAAUCUCCCUCCACACCGUCCCAUCACACACUCCCGGGGUCAGGCACAGAGUGAAUCUCCCUCCACACCGUCCCAUCACACACUCCCGGGGUCAGACACAGAGUGAAUCUCCCUCCACACCGUCCCAUCACACACUCCCGGGGUCAGACACAGAGUGAAACCCCCUCCACACCGACCCGUCACAUACUCCCGGGGUCAGACACAGAGUGAAACCCCCUCCACACCGUCCCAUCACACACUCCCGGGGUCAGGCACAGAGUGAAUCUCCCUCCACACCGUCCCAUCACACACUCCCGGGGUCAGGCACAGAGUGAAUCUCCCUCCACACCGUCCCAUCACACACUCCCGGGGUCAGACACAGAGUGAAACCCCCUCCACACCGACCCGUCACAUACUCCCGGGGUCAGACACAGAGUGAAACCCCCUCCACACCGUCCCAUCACACACUCCCGGGGUCAGGCACAGAGUGAAUCUCCCUCCACACCGUCCCAUCACACA